AUGCCAAAAUCCAUGUCAUGCAAGAACAAUAUUAGAUCAAUCCAUUCAGAUUUUUUUUGCAUGAAAGAACAAGGCAAGAAAGAAGAAAAGAUACAGAAAGAGAUUAAACAGUUCCCGUGCCAAACUUAUCGCAAACACUCACUUCCUCAAUCAGAAUG